AAAAUAUGUUCAUUAAAGGAUGCAGCGAUACAUUUUACUGCUUACUGCAAGCUAUAGGCGAUGUUGGAUUCAUCCAGCUUGUUUUAAUGAACUACAUUCUCAAAGAUUACGUAGCUCGCAGAGAUGCCGAACUUCGAGCAAUUGAUGAAGUAAAGAAGAAGCAACUGGCAGAAGCAGAGCAAACAGUCUCUGACCCGUUAAAAAAAGCAACCACUAGAACUCUUGAUACAGCUGUUUCUGAAUCGAAAAGUACGAAAGACGGAAAAAGCAGUGUGAAGAGUAGUGAGAAAAGCAGCAAAUCUAAAAAGAAAGAGAAAGCAGUAAACUAUACAAAACAGAUAAUGAAGGAGUUACCAAAAAGUUUCAAAGUACAGUUAGAUGUGUACGAGGAUUUAAUGGCCGAACUUAUUCACGUCUGCGAAUUUUGGGACAAAACACGAAGCUUUUUAACAGUGCCAUAUGUAACGAACAAGAAAAAAGCAAAGGAUAGCUCACCCAAGGACUCUACUAAAGAUUCGAAACCAUCUUCUAGAAGGACAAGACAAAUUAGUUCUGAAAAAUUUUCAACUAGCAACAAAGGUGUGGGUUGUUUGUUGUGGAUAAUUGACGACAGUGCUCCGAAGAAAUCCAUGGAUUUUCCAGAAGUUGUAGCAGAAGUCCUUGCGAAAGACGCGUAUAUGGAAAAAUACAGAGCCGAAAAAGAAAGAUUGUCAGAAUGUCUAUUUAGCCUUCCGUCAGAUGAUCUGUUUUCAGUCAUACAGGAACGCAGUAAACAUCAUAAGCAUAAAGCAGAUGCAUUUUAUAUAUGCAAUUACGUUAUGGAUGAAACGAACGCCUCUAGUCGAUCACGCAGUUCACAAUUGUCAGGUACCUUCGAUCGUGAAAAGAAACGACGUAAAAGGAACAAGAGAAAAUCUUUUGAUAGAAAGAGUUCAGCUGUAUCGGCUGCCUCCUCGAGAUUAUCAGUGGUUGAAGCCUUAGAAACAAUGCCUCUUGUGCCAAGACAAAUAUUAUUACCUGGUGAGUGCAAGAGGUACGAUGUAAGCUUUUGUCCUCCGUCGUGUGGUAUGUACAGAUAUGAGUAUCUGUUAAAUGUAGUUGGAACAAACAUAACGCACAGUGUAACAUGCGAGGCAAGCAGCGAAUUGCCUCAACUGGAUUUUAAUCCAGAGAAAGUGUUUCCAUCUGUAAUGUCAAGUAGUGCAGCAAAAGAACUAAGCGAUCGACAAGUUUACACUAUAGAUGACAACGUAUUUGAUUUUGGAUAUGUGUUAGAUGGCAGUAGUAAAAAAGACAUCACGUACGGAGUCAAGCUGAACCUGGUAAAUGAGUCUCCAAUGCCUUGUGACAUUUCUGUGGAAGUUCCCGGCGAAACUCUAUUCUAUUGCGAACCAAACAAUCUCAGUAUACCCGCAAAUAAUAAAGGUUAUGUGAACUUAUUCCUGCAACCAGCAUCAAAAAAGAAGGACGUUAUCGUGUCACAAUUAUACAUUUUGACCAAGAAUAAUCCGAAAGUAGAAGUGAUAAGCUUAAGGGCUUUACCCACCCCCGCGGAUUUCAAUGUGAGCCCAAAGAUACUGAACUUCGAAAAGGUUCCAGUGGGUAGUACCUGUAGAAAGAAAAUAACCCUUACGAAUUCCACACCGAUAGACUUUCACUACAAGCUUUGUACCACGAAACAAAUCACAGAAAAGUUUCACGUGAAGAAAAAGGAAGGAUCGAUACAACCGUAUUCCGUUGGUCAUAUUACAAUAUCGCUUACGCCACAAGAAGAAGAAGUCUAUAAUAAAAGACAACUCGAUCUUGAGCUAUACGAUAAAUUGCUAUCGGAUACGGAACCAUUUGAAAGAGUCUCUAUAACAAUAUUCGGGGAAUCUCAACUGUAUAUCAUCGAAUGUGAAAAGGAAGUAAACUUAGGUGAGAUGACAGGCCGAAAAGAACACAAUGUAGAAUACUCCAUGACUAACAAAGGAAACGUCAACGUCACUGUAGCGUAAGUUGCUUUUA